GCCGCAGAGCCCAGGGGCCACGAAAGGCCAGCGAGGCGGGCUCUGCGUUGCUGACCCACGGAGUAUGGCCUUGGGGCCGCGGUCUGGGCUCCUGCUGCUGUCACUGCUGCUCCUACUCCUGCGGCUGCCACGGGUGGUGCCGGGCUCGGUGGACGGUGGUGGCUGCGACCCCUCGGACCAGUGCCCGCCCCAGGCCCGCUGGAGCAGCCUGUGGCACGUGGGGCUCGUCCUGCUCACCGUGCUGCUGUGCGGGGUCACUGCCAGCUGCGUCCGGUUCUGCUGUCUGCGGAAGCAGGCGAACGCGCAGACGCGCCUGUCCUCAGCCUGGCAGCCCUGUAACCUGACGGCCAACCCUGUGGACGGUGACAGCCCUGUGCACAGCACUGUGACCUCCUAUAGCUCUGUGCAGUAUCCGCUGGGCAUCUGGCUGCCCCUGCCCUUCGGAGAGCUGGACCCUGACUUCAUGGCCCCGCCAGCCUAUAGCCUGUCUGCCCCAGAGCUGCCACCUUCCUAUGAUGAGGCCAUCAAGAUGGCAAAGCCCAGAGAUGAGGAGGUGGCUCCUCCCCAGAGACCUGAACCUCUCCCAGUGCCCUCGGGCCGAGGGGCCACCCCACAGCCCCAGGAGCCAGGUCCCAGUGCCCAGUAGCUCUGGUGCCCCGUAAAGGGGCCGAGAGAACUCUCCUGGAGUCAUGGAACCAGGGUGUGGAGCCCUGGCAGCCAGGCCCCCAGCCUGCCCCUUCCUUCCCCUGGGAAGGCCUCCACUCAGCACAUUGCUGCAGGUCGGCCUCUUUGCUAUGUUACGCCAGCUGGCCAGCAGCCGGCCAGCCAGCUACCAGCCCUGUGCUGGUCGCCCCUGCCCAUGGCCUGCCUCACAGGCCUCAGCCUGGAGGAGGCACCAUGCACCUGAACCGUGUGAACUCAGAGGCCACUGUGAUGUCCAUAGCUCUUUGAGGAGAUUAAAGUUUAUGUCAAAGUGG